AUGGCAAUAGGGCAUAGGAGCCCUUGCUAUACUGUUCUGUUUGCCACUCAACCAUGGAAAGCGAAAUUCAGUUUUAAAAAUAAGGUAGAUGACGUGAAAACAAAAGGAAAAUAUGCACUGCAGCCACGAGCUGAUAUGAUUAAAGAACAAAUAGCUCCAUUGAGAAGCUGGGCUGAAGAAAUGUCCCGAAAAUGGCAUUUCGAAGGCAAUAAAGAAGCAAAGGAGAAGUCUGUCAUCAUUAGAGAGCUUUCAAGAGCUCUGGGCUCCAGGACUACCCCUAGUUGA